AUGGCUCUCUCCGGCGUCAAGGUCGUUGAGUUUGCAGGCCUGGCGCCAGGCCCUUUCGCUGGACUGAUCCUCGCAGACCAUGGCGCGUCUGUCGUGCGCGUCGAUAAACCAGGUGCGCAGAGUCUGGACGUGCUGGCUCGCGGGAAGAGGUCUAUCGCUAUCAGCCCCAAGACGCCCUCUGGACGCGAUGUACUGAAGAAGAUCAUCGCUGCGUCGGACGUGUUGAUAGACCCGUUUCGACCUGGCGUACUGGAGCGUCUUGGGCUUAGUCCAGAUGUAUUUCUGGGAGAGGAGGGGCUGAACAAGCGUUUGAUCUAUGCGCGAAUCGCUGGAUUCUCGUUAGAUGGUCCGGAGAAGAAUAUGGCUGGCCAUGACAUCAACUAUCUUGCGCUCAGCGGUGUACUCGACAUGCUCCCCGGCGAGAGCAAGCCUACCUUCCCGCUAAACCUCCUCGCCGACUUCGCGGGAGGCGGGUUACUCGGCAUCGUACUCGCCCUCCGCACCGGCCGCGGGCAGGUCGUGCAAACCGAUAUGGUCUCCGGCGCGCGAUACGUCAGCUCGUUCCCCUUGCUUCACAAGGCGCUCGCUCCUGCAUCCCCGAUGUUUGUCUCUGAGCGCGGCCACAACGUGCUCGACGGUGCUGCCCCGUUCUACGACGUCUACGUGUGCAAGGACGGCCGGUACAUGAGCGUAGGCUGCCUGGAGCCCCAGUUCUAUGCCGAAUUUACGAGGCGGUUCACUGGGGCCCUACCAGCUGGAUUCACGGGCGAGGGCGGCUGGACACCCCCAGCAGAUGCGCAGAUGCUGCGCGAGCUCUGGCCACAACUGCGAAAUUACCUGCAGUCCGGGUUCGCCACCCAACCGCGGGAUUAUUGGGCGAAGGUGUUCCAGGGGAGCGACGCCUGCGCCGUGCCAGUCCUCUCCCCGAAGGAAGCUGCGCACCGCUAUACCGCAGUGCCAAAGCCUCAUCCAAGCAUAGACGAGCCACGCCCCGUCUCUGAUUUGAGCGCAUCCUUUGUACCUCCCGGUGCUCACACAGAAGAAAUUCUGCACGAGUACGGCAUCGCAUCAGAAGAUCGCGAGAGGCUACGGCGCGACCAUGCUCUGGACGGGCGUGCUGGGGCGCGCUUGUAG